CGCUUUCCCCCGGCCCCGCCUCACGCGCUCGGCCCCGCAGGCCGGUGCUGGGGGCGCCCCCAGGCCCGCUAUGCAGGCCGGGCCCCCGCGGUGCCGCGUCUCCCGCUGGCUGCGGCGGGGCACCGGCCUCCUGGCGCACCUGGCGGCGCUGGGCCUCACCCUCUGCCUGCUGCUGCUCUCCCGGCCCGGCACCAGUCUGUUUUCUUGGCACCCAGUCUUCAUGUCUAUAGCGUUCUGCCUCUGCCUGCCCGAAGCCAUCCUGCUCUUCUCGCCCGAGAACUCCCCGUUCUGCUUCUGCUCCCGUCAGGUGAAAGUGGGGCUGCACUGGACCGCGCAGACGCUGGUGGUCGUGUCUGCCACACUGGGCCUAGGCUUCAUCGUCUCCAGCAAGAAUCGGAGUGAGCUCCCGCACUUGGUUUCCUGGCACAGCCUCCUGGGCAUCCUGACUCUGGCUGCCACCUGUGGGCAGGCUCUGUGCGGGCUUAGCCUGCACUUGCCCCAGCUGCUGAGGAUCGCUGCUGUGGCACAGCUAAGGCUGUACCAUGUCACGUGUGGCCUGGUUGUGUGUCUGCUGGCCACCUUCACUGUAGUCCUCGGGAUUUGCUCUGAUUGGUUCCAGGCACAGGUCAAAGGGGUAGCUUGGUAUUUCUGCCUGGCAUUGCCCUUCUACCCUGCCCUGGUGAUCAUGAACCAGAUCACUGACGUUCACCUACCAAAGAAAAGGAUGCAUGUCUGAGCUCCGGCCUCCCCUUCUCCUUGCGCCUCUUCCCAUCCCAGGUCUGAGCUUCGGCCUGCCCAUCCCCCCUC